CGCCGGUUGAUGACAGAUUUGCCCUUGUUUUGCGAAUAAUUGCCCUGUCUAUGGGCAUCGUCCUCGCCGUUGCUUUUUCUGCCGCCAAUCCCUCGUCUCUCACAUGAAAUUUUCCUAGGCGACGAUCACUUGUCCCCAACUGUUCACACGCACUCCUUGUUUCCACCUUUCCUCCUCCUCACACGUUCGAAUUCAUCCCCUCUAGACCUGCUCGGCAUUUGCCGCCCGUCCACCAUACUUGACUCUCCAGAUUCCGCUCAGCUAGUCCUGCCCCCCGCAUCGGCUCUGAAACGCCCCUCAGGCUCCCCUAUUCCAUAAUGUCCAAGUCACGCCGGAGCGUUCGGUUCCAACAUCGGUCCGAUGGUCGACGGCCGAGUAUAUCAGAUGCCAGUGAUGCUGCUUCUGAUCCGGGCAGUCCGUCGAAAAAUGGAGUCGUUGCUCAACCCGCAACAAUCCCCGAGGAGAAAACCGAAGCACCCCCGCUUGACGAAUACCAGAAGAAGAAACAAACUUUUAUCACCCGCACAAUAUGGACUUUUGUUAUGAUUGCCGGCUUCUUCAUUGCCAUGUUCUCGGGCCAUAUAUACAUCAUUGGUCUUGUUACCGCUGUUCAGAUCAUCUCGUUCAAGGAAGUCAUUGCUAUUGCGAACGUGCCAAGCAAAGAGAAGAACAUCCGUUUUACCAAGUCGUUGAACUGGUACUUCUUGGGAACCAGCAUGUACUUUUUGUACGGUGAAAGCGUCAUCUAUUACUUCAAGCACAUUCUUCUGGUCGACAGAGUGUUACUGCCCUUGGCGUCUCAUCACCGGUUCAUCAGUUUCGUUCUCUGGAUUAUGGGCUUCGUUUUCUUCGUUGCAUCUUUGCAAAAAGGCCACUACCGUUUCCAGUUCACUCAGUUCGCUUGGACCCAUAUGGCAUUGUAUUUGAUCGUCGUCCAAGCUCAUUUCGUCAUGAACAACAUCCUGGAGGGUAUGAUCUGGUUCUUCCUCCCGGCUUCUCUUGUGAUCACGAACGACAUCUUCGCCUAUGUCUGCGGUAUCACUUUCGGCCGGACGCAGUUGAUUCAACUCUCUCCUAAGAAGACUGUCGAGGGAUUCCUGGGCGCCUGGGUUUGCACCAUUAUUUUUGGCUACUUCAUGACCAAUAUCUUGAUGCGCUACAAAUACUUUAUCUGCCCUGUUUACGAUCUCGGAUCGAACGUUCUGACGGGUUUGGAGUGUGACCCUAACCCAGUCUUCGUCCCUCAAGCAUUCGAGAUUCCGGAAUGGACCGGAUUCGGCAGGACAUUUUACGUUGCCCCGAUGCAAUUUCACAUCCUUCUGUUCGCCACAUUUGCCUCGCUGGUUGCUCCUUUUGGAGGCUUCUUUGCCUCCGGUCUUAAGCGCUCCUUCAAGAUCAAGGACUUUGGCGAGUCAAUCCCGGGCCACGGCGGCAUUACGGACCGCAUGGACUGCCAGUUCAUUAUGGGCUUCUUCGCGUACAUGUACUACCACAGCUUCAUUGCCGUUUUCAAGGCGAGUGUGGGCGACAUCAUUGAGGCCGCCAUCAAUGGCUUGACGGUUGAUGAACAGCUGGAGGUGCUCCGCGGCCUGAGCAAAUAUCUAUAUAACCAGGGAGCAGUUCCCGAGUCGGUUUUGGAGCUUCUUAGCACGGAACUGCAGCGUCACUAAACCCUAUAAACGACACCUAGUGCCUUGGUGACGCUUAUAACCUUUGAAACGAAUACAUUCUCGUGCGAGACACCUAUUGCUUAUGACUAAUACCUUAUAAUUGACGUCUUCACCUCUCGGUCGUCUGACGGUACGGCUGGGCCUUUUGGAUGAGUUCUUGUACAUGUGAGGACAAUGUCUUUAUAUUUCGAUACCGUGUCUUUUUAGUAUCUCAUUGGGCCGGUUGGUGUAAUGGCCAGGGCACGGCGGACGUUGAUAGUCCGGGGAUACUUCUGGUCCGAAAGUGCAAAAUGGUACUUAGCAGACAGUCAAUACACCACCAUCUGUAUUA